CUCCACUAAGCUGUACUACGCGUUUCGUUUCGCGUUUCCAUUUUUAUAUUUAAAAAAACGUCAUUUCUAUAAGUUCUUCUUUCUCUCUUUUCUGGUUACUAUUUUUCUUUUUAAAAAUCCCAACUUUGAAUCUAAACGGACUCUGAGUCGAGUUGAGCUGCGUAGACAUGGCCGAGUUCAACUCGGGCUCUCUCUUUCUCGUCACCUUCAACCUCAUUCUUCUCCUUCUUCUUACUUUUAUACCCUUUUCGAUCUCUCAAACGACGACGGCAGCGGCUCCUCCUCCUCCUCCUCCGCCGGCCAACGAAACUUGUAAUGGAAUCUACUUAUCGUACGCCUACACCGACGGCGAGCGUAUCCCACCGAAUCUAAAGAACGAUCGAUCACGUCAGCCUUACCGGUUUGAGUCUACGUUGACUGUGCUCAACAACGGGCUUGAGGAGCUCAAGUCGUGGAAGGUCUUUGUUGGGUUUCAGCACGAUGAGUACUUGGUCUCUGCUUCGAAUGCUGUUCUCGCUGAUGGGAAUAGUAUUCCCGGUGGUGUGGGUAAUGGAACGGUUUUUGCUGGUUUUCCGAUGACGGAUCUGAAAACAGCUAUUGAGACUGCUGGAGACGAGACCCAGAUGAGUGUUCAGGUUAAAUUGGUUGGGACUCAGUUCGGAGUUGCCUCACCGAGUGUUCCUCUACCCACUAAUAUUUCUCUCGUUAAUGACGGCUUUGUUUGUCCUAAACCCACUAUGCAAGGGAAGAAUGAGAUGCAAGUGUGUUGCACAGUGGACAAAGAUUUCAAAUCAAAUGUGACAGUAGAUGAUGAGUUUCUGCCACGCCAAAAUGGUGAUCUUACAAUUAUGUACGAUGUGAUCAGAACAUAUGACUCAAAUUACUGGGCACAAGUCACAAUGGAAAACCACAACCCUCUUGGGCGUCUUGAUAACUGGAAAUUAAGUUGGGAUUGGAUGAAGGACGAGUUUAUUUACACCAUGAAAGGUGCUUAUCCAACUGUGCUUGAUUCUUCUGACUGUGUUUUUGGGGUACAAGGUCAACACUACAAGGACCUAGAUUUCUCUACUGUGUUUAAUUGUGAAAGAAGGCCAACCAUAAUUGACCUCCCCCUAACUAAGUACAAUGACUCAAUCCUCGGAUUCAAACCUUAUUGCUGUCGAAAUGGUACCAUUUUGCCACCACAAAUGGAUGCAAGCAAGUCAAUCUCAUCAUUCCAGCUUCAGGUUUUUAAAAUGCCUCCAGAUGUCAACAGGUCUGAGCUCUCACCACCUCAAAACUGGAGAAUCAAUGGCACACUGAACCCUGAUUAUAAAUGUGGCCCUCCUGCUCGGGUAAGUGCUAGCCAAUUCCCUGACCCCAGUGGUUUGCCCACAAACACAACUGCUGUGGCUAGUUGGCAGGUUGUGUGCAACAUAACAGUGCCUAAGGAUUCAUCGCCCAGAUGUUGUGUUUCGUUUUCUGCUUACUACAAUGAAUCAGUUAUCCCUUGCAACACUUGUGCUUGUGGUUGUUCGCGUACAACAGACCGUACUUGCAGCACAAGUGCACAGGCCAUGCUUCUUCCACCAGAGGUACUUCUUGUUCCAUUUGAGAAUCGAACUGCUAAGGCCAUAGCUUGGGCCCAACUGAAACAUCUACCAAAUCCUAAUCCAAUGCCUUGUAGUGAUAAUUGUGGAGUAAGUAUCAACUGGCAUCUGGCUACUGACUACAAUAAAGGGUGGAGUGCAAGGAUCACACUCUUCAACUGGGAUGAAACUACUUUCCCUGAUUGGUUUGCUGCUGUUCAAAUGAAGAAAGCAGUCCCUGGUUACCAAAAAAUGUACUCUUUCAAUGGAACUACCUUGGAAUUGAAUGGUGUCAAUAAUACCCUUUUCAUGCAGGGCAACGAGGGUUUGAACUACCUUGUUGCAGAAACAGAUGCCCUCAACCCAGAGAGGGAUCCCAGGAUUCCUGGAAAGCAACAGUCAGUAAUAUCAUUUACAAAGAAGCUUACCCCUGGAAUCAAGGUGGCUGCUGGAGAAGGGUUUCCCACCAAAGUAUUUUUUAACGGCGAAGAAUGCUCAUUGCCUAAAGUAUUUCCGACCAGCGAUCAGAGAAGGAACUCGGUCACAAUUUCUUCAGUACUCAUGUUGGUCUUGGUGCUCAUAUUGAUAUAGUUACAUCUGGGGAUGAUGAGGAACUGGGUAAUUUAGUAGCUGCUGCUCUGCUGCUGAUUUUUUUAUUCUUUCAGUGAUUCAGUUUAACAUUUUAGGCUCAAUCAGGAGUUUGGCAGCCUCUUUAGUUAAACUGGUUGUGAAUUCUGAUUACAGCUGGUGGAACUUGCUGCUUGCUUAGUUUUGCAGGAGUAUAUAUACCAUACUAAGGAACAGCAUGUCAUAAUAUAUGUAGUCGAUGUAAAAGUCUAUUUUGUGUAAAACAUUGUUGAACAAAGCUUCUUUUUUAUGUGCUUAA